AUGGCAUCUGUGAGUCUCGUGCUUAUGCUGUGUUUAUAUCUCUCUCAAGCAAAUAGAGAAAUCCUGGUUGGAGGGAAGCAAAGUGCAUGGCAGAUCCCAUCUUCUUCAAAUCACACCCUUAACCUUUGGGCAGAAAGAACCCGGUUCAAAGUUGGAGAUGUUCUUGUAUGGAAAUAUGAUCCCAAAGAAGAAUCAGUGCUGCAAGUUACAAAGGAGGGGUAUGAUAAGUGCAACACAUCAAGCCCAAUCAAAGAACACAAAGAUGGCAACACAAAGGUAGAGUUGGAGCAUUCAGGACCAUUCUACUUUAUCAGUGGAUCUCAAGGGAACUGUGAGAAAGGAGAGAAGCUCAUUGUGGUUGUUCUUUCUGAGGAUCAUUGGCCUAAAUCUCCACUUCUUCCACUAAGGCCAAGCAAUCAAGCCUAUGGCUUGAGGGAUGGAGAGUGCUUUUUUUCUUCUUCUUCUUCUUGGGCUACUGGUGGAAGUUCUGUCUCUAACUCUUCCUUCGACGGUCCCAUUUCCACUUCUGUGGAUAACCAGAUCCAUGCGGAGAAUACCAUCAUGGUCUGCAAAGAGCAAUUGAAGGCGGAUCUUCAUGAAGGGCUUUAUGCUGGCCAUAGUGUUAGCCUCUUUAAUGGUUUUCAGUAUCAAUACUCUUGGGAAGGGGUUGGAUUGUACAAUAUUGAUUAUUAG